UCACACACGUUGGCAAUCGGCCGACCAGCUUGCGCAUUAAUCAGUAUCGCCCAUCCUCCGGUACAUAUCUGACGAUAAGCCCACCAGCCACUGUCUUGCUUUUAUACUCUUAGAAUGAUGCAUAGGGCAUACCUUAAAGGCUCCGGUGCCCCAAACAAGCAUCUUGUUGUUUGAUUCUCGUCCAGCUUGCACCCACGCCCGUAUGGUUGAGGAAAAAUGAUCGAAUACGCAAUAUUAUUAUUUUACAUCUGCUGCACCGUUGCGCUAGCCGUCGUCGAUGCUUCGGAUUUUGGGGGUCUAGGACUCAAUCUUCUUGCUGACCCACAAGAUGCCGAGUUCGAUAUUAUUGCGAUCCACGGUCUAGAUGGGCACUGGAGAAAUUCUUGGACUUCAGGCGACGGUGUUUUUUGGCUCCAGGAUCUUCUUCCGAUACGGGUUCCACAAGCACGAAUUUACUCGUAUAGUCAUGACUCUAGGACCAGAGGAGGCGAGGUUCCCUUCACACUUGAUAUGUCAGACCAUGGAAUUGCACUGGUAAGAGAUCUGACCAUUGAGCGAGGGCUCACCGCGACCGAACGGCGGCCUAUCAUUUUUAUUGCACACAGUCUCGGAGGGUUGAUUGUGAAGAGUGUGAGGAUACCCCAUCUUUGUCUUUGUCGGAUUGGAAGUCCAAUUCGGCCGCGAGUAGGGGCAGAGCAUGGGCCACCUCUAGGGGGUACACUUAGACCUCGACUACCCACCCAACCUCCGGUUGGAAUCUCCCUUCUACUCCUUACGCAGAAUCAAUCAAUACAGAGAUAUUGA